AUGGAUCCGAGAUUUGGUAGAAUUUAUACUUCCUCAGAUGAAAACGGGAAUGGAAAUGGAAGAAGUAUACCUGUUUUUCCGGGCAAUAAGAAUUUAAAUAAUGGUCCUAUGUUUGAGAAUAGCUUCUCAAGUUAUGUUCCAGUCAAUGAAGGUAGUAGGUAUCGAGAUUCCAUUUACAGUCAAAACUUCAGAGGAUUGCAUGUUCCCCCUUUAAACAAUCUUCCUGUGCCUAGUAUGACUCCAAGUCCUGAAGAUGAGCUUCAUGAAGAUUGCGAUUUAUCAGAUGCAAUUUUGGGAUACAUUAGUCAGGUACUCAUGGAAGAAGACAUGGAAGAUAGGUCUUGCAUGCUUCAAGAGUCUUUAGAUCUUCAAGCUGCAGAGAAACCUUUCUAUGAAGUUCUCGGCAAGAAGUACCCUCCAUCACCACCCCCAUGGACUUCAUCCUCCUCUGAAGGUGGUUUGACUUCUGUUGACCCCCAUAGAGAAAGCCUAGAUGAUUUCCCCUUCUCAACUCAAAACACUUACAGUGGUUACUUACAUGAUGCUACAAAUCUACACAAUCUUGGACCUCAAAAUGUAUCAUACACAACAUCGUUUGGAUCAUCAAGCAGUGUAAAUUAUAACGUUGACAGGGGUUUGGAUUUGGAUUCUCCUGCAAGCACUUCUGAUCAUUGUCAUGAGAAUCAGAUGGCAUGGCAGUUUAAAAAGGGCGUUGAAGAAGCAAACAAGUUCCUUCCUUUUAGCAACAAAUUGAUUGUUUCUUCUAAUGGAGACGUGUCACUGUCAUCAACAGUGUCCAGGGUAAGAAAGAAUCCUUUUGGGGAAGAUGCAACAGAUUUAGAACAACAAGAAAGGACUAUCAAGCAGGCAGCCAUUUUUCCUGAUUCCACUUUAAGAUCCAAAGAGCUUGACUUGAUUUUUCUGUCAAGUAUGGGAGAAGGUAAGGUUGCUUUAGAUUCAUUUCGUGACACUUUACGUGUAGAAAAAUGUAAAGACACAUUACAAGAUUGUGAAGAUACAAGUUUAAAUCAAGGGAAAGGGAAAAAAGGCAAAAGCAAAAGUCGUCGGAGGAAACAAAACAUGAAAAAAGAAGUGAUAGAUUUGAGAACCCUUUUGAUUACUUGUGCACAAGCUGUUGCAUCUGAUGACAGAAGAAAAGCAAAUGAUCUUCUGAAACAAAUCAGACAACACGCUUCUCCUUUUGGUGAUGGAACUCAAAGGUUAGCUCACUGUUUUGCAGAUGGUCUUGAAGCACGUUUGGCUGGAAAUGGUAGUCAAAUCCAUAAAGCAUUAGUCAGCAAGAAAACAUGUGCUGCUGAUUAUAUAAAAGCUUACCAUUUGUACAUGGCAUCUUCCCCUUUCAGAAAGAUUUCAAAUUUUGCUUCCAAUAGAACAAUCAUGGAUAAAUCAGCGAAUGCAUCAAGAGUACACAUCAUUGAUUUUGGUAUUCUUUAUGGGUUUCAAUGGCCUACUUUUAUUCAACGGAUUUCAGAAAGAGAAGGUGGGCCACCUAGGGUUAAGAUAACUGGUAUCGAGUUUCCACAACCUGGGUUUCGUCCAGCUCAGCGAAUCGAAGAGACAGGUCAGCGGUUGAAAGCGUAUGCCAAGUCAUUCAAUGUGGAAUUUGAGUAUUUUCCCAUUGCUAAGAGAUGGGAAAAUGUUACAGUUGAAGAUUUGAUGCUUGAUGAAGGUGAGUUUUUGGUAGUGAACUGUAUGUAUCGAGCUAAAAACUUGCUUGAUGAAACAGUGGUUGUGGAUAGUGCAAGAAAUGUUGUUUUGAAUCUGAUAAAGAAGAUAAACCCGGAUAUUUUCAUCCAUGGAAUCCUAAACGGGUCCUACAACGCCCCGUUUUUCUUGACCCGUUUUCGUGAAGCUCUUUUUCAUUUUUCAGCUUUAUUUGAUAUGCUUGAGACGAAUGUGCCACGUGAGAACCCUGAAAGGGCGUUGCUUGAAAGAGAGAUUUUUGGGAGAGAAGCUUUGAAUGUGAUUGCAUGUGAAGGAUGGGAUAGGAGUGAGAGACCUGAGACUUAUAAGCAGUGGCAUGGGUGGAAAGGAAGAAUUGUUUAUGCUAUUUCUUGUUGGAAACCUGCUUGA